UAGUCCAUCCCCUUUCCCUCUCCUCUCCUCUUCUUCUCUUCGUCUCGCCUCGCCUCGCGUCGCCGCUGCCGGGCCGGGAGACCCAAACCUUCCUCCCCGCUCCCUAAAACCCAAACCCUAGCCCUAGACUAAGACCGAGGAGGGGGGAUUCGGCGAGGGGAUCCUCUUCCGCCAAGAUCGAUCGACGAUGUCGACCUUCGCCGCCUCCCGCCGCUCCUCCUCGUCCGCAGCCUCCAAGCGCCCCGCGAUGGACGAGAACGCCGCCGGUGGACCGCGAUGGACGAGACCGCAGGCCACGAAGCGCGUCGCGCUCGGAAACAUCACCAACGUCGCCGCUCCCGCUCCAGGGAGGAGGGCCGCCGUGGGGAAGGUCGCGCCACCCGCCACCACCCGCGCGAAGUUGAAUCCGGCAACCUCAGCAGCACCCUUGAAGAAACCAUAUCCAGCAAAUGCACGCAAUGUGAGCUCCAUUCGGGGUUCUGCUGUGAAGUCGGCUUCCAUCAAGCCAGGUCCACCAGUAUCAUGCCUUUGCAGCAGCACAAUGCAGCAGAAGCAUAAUGUUCCUCCACCUAAAGUGCCUACCACUGUCAAUGUGCCAAGUCGUGCUCCAGCCUUGGUACCCUGCAGCAGCUUCAUGUCUCCUGGACGUUCAGGAGAUUCAGUUUCUAUGGAUGAGACGAUGUCGAUUUGUGACUCCAUGAAAAGCCCGGACUUUGAGUUCAUAGACAAUGGGGAUUCCUCGGUGCUGGCUUCGUUGCAGCGGCAGGCAAAUGAACAUUUGCGCAUAUCAGAGGAAAAUAAGUGGAAGAAAAAUGCCCCUGCCCCAUUUGAAAUCGACCACAUCUGUGAUGUUGACAAUGACUACGAGGAUCCACAGUUGUGCGCUACUCUGGCUUCCGACAUUUACAUGCAUCUGCGAGAGGCUGAGAUGAAGAAAAGCAAAAGACCAUCAACUGACUUCAUGGAAACUAUUCACAAAAGUGUCAACCCAAGCAUGAGGGCUAUUUUGAUCGACUGGCUUGUGGAAGUUGCUGAAGAAUAUCGUCUUGUUCCUGAUACUCUCUACCUGACAGUUAACUACAUUGACCGUUAUCUUUCUGGCAAUGAAAUCGACCGCCAAAGGCUGCAAUUACUUGGUGUUACUUGCAUGCUUAUAGCCGCAAAAUACGAGGAGAUAUGUGCACCCCAAGUAGAAGAGUUCUGCUACAUAACUGAUAGUACAUACUUCAGAGAUGAUGUUUUAGAGAUGGAAGCUUCUGUACUGAAUUACUUGAAGUUUGAAAUGGCAGCACCUACACCAAAGUGCUUUCUGAGGAGAUUUGCCCGUGCUGCACAAGCGUGUGAUGAGGAUCCUGCUUUGCAUCUCGAGUUCCUCGCCAAUUACAUCGCUGAGCUAUCACUGCUGGAGUACAAUCUACUCUCUUACCCGCCAUCACUAAUAGCUGCCUCAGCUGUUUUCUUGGCAAGAUAUGUACUGCAGCCAACAAAGUAUCCUUGGAAUUCCACACUUGCUCAUUACACACAGUAUAAGCCGUCGGAACUGAGUGACUGUGUAAAGGCAUUGCACCGCCUUUUCAGCGUUGGUCCUGGGAGUAACCUUCCAGCAAUCAGAGAAAAAUACAGUCAACAUAAGUACAAAUUUGUUGCAAGGAAGCAGUGCCCACCGUCAAUCCCUACAGAAUUCUUUCGUGAUGUAACAUGGUAAACAUAGAAGCCCAGCAGGAAUAGCUCCAAUUGCGCGACUGUGCAGGUGGUUCGUUGGUUGAUGCAGGACGAUCGAUGCCUGGUGUGAUUUUCUUCUCCCCACUCCCUGCUGUAAUCUUCCUGUACCUAGACCAAUGUUUGCGCUUGUAAAUCGGAGUUGUGUUGUAGGGCUGACCAACAUCUCGUUUGUAAUGUCAUAGUAUUACUGACUAGAGUCACCGUCACUGGUGUUCUGUAUGUAAUUUACACCGCAUGUAAACUGAAUUUUAGGGGUGUCUCUUUGGCUUGGACUCAUAUUGUUACUAGGUUA